AUGUUAUUCAAUAUCAUCUUCCUCCUCCCUCACCCAUCAAUGGCUAUGGAGUCCCACCCCACCUGCAACUCAUGCAUACGUCAGGCGUCAUCGCAACAACCUAGCAGUGAUGAUUGCGGGCCCUCAGGAACUCUCGCUUGCAAUGAUGGCCAAAAUUUCCCUACAUACACAUGCUCCCCGCCAGUCAUGCCGCCCACGAGUGCCAAACUCACACACAACGAUUUCAGCAAAGGCGGUGAGGGCGGCGCCGAGUCAGAGUGUGACAAUCAAUUCCAUAAAAAUACUGAAAAGAUUGUUGCACUUUCCACUGGGUGGUUUAGUGGAAGGUGCAAUAUGACGAUAAUAAUUACUGCGGUAAGUAACGGGAUGAGUGUGGAAGCCAAAGUUGUGGACCAAUGUGAUUCACAGAAUGGAUGUGAUGACGAGCAUGGAUUUCUGCCGCCGUGUGAGAACAAUAUUGUUGACGGCUCUUCGGCUGUUUGGGAGGCUUUGUCGCUCGACACAGAGCCGGGUUCUGCAGAGGUUACUUGGUCCACGGCCUAG